AUGUCAGAGGUUCAACAAUUUGUUCCUUGGAAGAACCUGGGUAAAUCAGGGCUGAAAAUAUCAAAUGUUAUCGUUGGUUGUAUGUCCUUUGGAUCAAAAAGCUGGUUACCAUGGGUCGAGGAUGAUGAAGAAAAAAUCUUUAAGAUCUUGAAUACUGCUUAUGAUCAUGGCAUUAGAACUUUUGACACUGCAGAUGUGUAUUCAAAUGGGUUGUCGGAAGUUUUAUUAGGUAAAUUUUUAAAGAAAUAUAAUAUCAAAAGGGAUAAAGUGGUGAUUUUAACAAAAGUUUACUUCCCAGUGGAUGAAGAUUUGGUUGAUUUUUCAGUUUUCAAUAAGAGAACACCUGAACAAGAGCUUGAUCUACAAAAUUCACAAGGAUUGACAAGAAAACACAUAUUUGAUGCUAUCGAAGGUUCUAUUAAGAGGUUAGGCACAUAUGUUGAUGUUUAUCAAAUCCACAGAUUUGAUCCUAAUACACCUGUGGAGGAAACACUUAAGGCUUUGAAUGAUGUUGUUGAAGCUGGUUAUACAAGAUACAUUGGUGCUUCCUUGAUGAAAGCUGUUCAGUUUGCUGAGUUGCAAUUCAUUGCUGAAAAGAAUGGAUGGCACAAAUUUAUAUCUAUGCAAAGUUAUUAUAAUUUAUUGAAUAGAGAAGAUGAACAGGAACUUAAUUAUUUUGCAGAUAAAACAGGUGUUGGUUUGAUCCCUUAUUCUCCCUUAGCAGCUGGUGCUUUAGCAAAACCAAUUCCAAAUCAAGAUGAACUUACAGAACGUCAAAAAGCACCUUAUGGUCAAAGAACUACAAAUACUGCAGCAAAUAUUAUUUCUCAAACAGAUCCAUCUCAAGAAUCAGAAAGAUCUAUUAUAAAUAGAGUGGGUGAAUUGGCUGAAAAGAAAAAUUCAACAAGAGCUGCUGUUGCUAUUGCAUGGUCAAUUUCCAAAGGAGCAGCUCCAAUUUUAGGAUUAAGUUCUGAAAAAAGAGUUUUAGAAGCUGUUGAAGGUGCCAAUUUACAAUUGACAAAUGAUGAAAUUAAGUAUUUGGAGGAACCUUAUAUACCAAGAGUAAGAAGAGCUUAG